CAGCGUCAAAUAUCGUGGGAUAAUUCGUGUUUGUUGUACUUUCGUACGAUGAAACCUUACUCACUUCGUGUCAACUUUACCAUUAUGUAAAAUUAACAUUGUUUGUGUGUCAGCACUUUGCGUAACGUGACUUUUACCAGAAGUGUUAAACUGAGAAGCAAGAAGCAUCGUUCUGAACGCUAUCGCGAUGUUUAUGUCUGACAUGCGCAGCUCAUGCAGCUUCCAUGUGUGCUCGCUGCGCUGCUGAAUGGGACAUUUCAGAAUUAUGUAACAUGUUUGCUUCGGUAUGUGUCGCUCGCACACACACUGGAGUAGGAUCAAAGACGGUCAUCGAAGCUCGGGCUUAACAGCUUAAUCGUACAAGAAGGAAUCCGAGAAGGGACGGUUCGACGCUUUCCUGUGAGCUGUCGCAAGGAUGGGCGGCGGAAAUUGCCAAAUUUAGAAAACGUACGAGACGUAGAAGAUGCAUAAACGUCGUCUUUCGGCAGAGAUGUCGGGGACGGAUUCACCUGCGCCAGCUGACUCGGCAUUGCUGCUGGAUGUACGCUUGAAAGGAAAAAAGUGAAAUGCGCCCAUGGCCAGCCAAGCAUGGAGUCCUGUGCACCCAAGUCCCGGUUUCCUUUUGAAGUGUGGCAAGGAACAAGAAAAAUUAAGGGCAAAGCUAAGGGCCCAGUUGCAGAAUCAUAUGAUAGAUCUCUUUGAGCAAAGCUUGUACUGCGAUAUUGCGAUCGAGUGCCACGAUCCAAGUACUGCAAAGAGCUGCGUCCUGAAGGCCCACAAAGCGGUCCUUAUUGUCAGGGUCCCAGCCUUCUGGAAAGAGCUCUGUAACUCGCAUGUGCUCGAAGCUCAAGACUCAUUCUCGGUGCCUUUGGACCCAGAGUUUUGCACGGCAUUCCUCAGAAGCGUGUACUCAGACGACGACAUUCGUCGGCUGGAACACGAUGCCCUGAGGAUGCUCCGGCUGCGCAAUACCUCCCCAAGCGGUGACGAUGACACAGACGCUCCCCAAGACGCAACCAACAGGUCCGACGACAUGGACGACGAAGGUAAUCCUUCUCCAUCCGAACCCGGUGGGUCACAGACUGGUUCCUUCUCUCAACCUUGUGCCGACGACUCUCCCGAAAACUUCCGUUCCUGCAACGGAAGCGACGAACAAAUGCCCGUCGAAGUGCCGUUGAACAGCCACAGCGAAGAACUAACGGACAGCCUGCACGAAGUGAAUGCGGACGAGUGUUCACACGUCGAUUCUUCUUCCGCACUUAGAGAAGACACCUCACCCAGUAUGAGCAGCAGUAUGGUGCGGAGCGGCACCUUUGACCUGCAGUGCCAGAUGCCUCUGGAAGCAGCCCUCGACCAAUGGGGGAGCGACAAAGUUGUUGUUGACCACGACGGUGAGCAGGACGACGUGGUCGACAACUUCGAAGCGGAAGGCGUAGAGACCGUAAAAGUGCAAGGGGGGAGUGAGGGUGCUACAACGAUGAAGGCGUUUUUCCUGCACGAAAAGUCUGCGGCACCGAUGCCGGUAUCGUAUCAGUGUGUCGUAAGAACAGACGACCAGGAACACGGCGUGUGGGAGAGGGCAGGCGAAGGCGAGGGCCGCUGCAUGGGAGACUCCGGCUUCCUGUCGCAGCAGGCGUCGGUCGUGCUGCAGGAGGAGACGGCGGCUUACGACAGCCUCGAUCCGGUUGUUAACAGCGAGGUUGCGCAGGAAAACAAGCACACCGCGAACGCCGACCACAGACGACACCCUUCGGGCACCAUGUUCCCGUUUUACAUCGACAUCAACAAGGCGAAGGCGCAGGACGAGAAGAAGGAACGCCGCAAGUCUAGCCCGCCGUCCGUGUACAUGUACAUCGACACUCAAGAACCCGAGGCAUCGCCGGAGGAAGUUUCGUGCGCGAGCAGACGUGCAAGGACACCCAUAGGAAGACCCAACAGCGUGGAGGACGGCAGUGCUGAGAGGUCGAGGAGACCGCAGUCGUGUUACAUGUACGUCGACUUUAACUCUCUCUGUAAGAGGCAAGAAUCUCAGGACGGGGGCGACGAGAGCGAGAGGAAAGACACGAGAGGGGACGAAAGAGUUCCGAGAACUCUGUCUUUGUCUAUGUUCAUUGACAUCAAUGAUGAACACAGUGAGAGUGUCGUCUGCGCGCAGGAAGCGUACCACAACUAUCGGACAGAACCGGGCCGAACGCGGCGGGAACUCGUGGAACACCGCUCUUGGGAACAUUUCGAACGGGAAGAAAUCUUAGUCGUGUCCGAGGAGUACGCGUGUGAACAUCCUUCAGUUUCUCGCGUAGCCGCUGAAGAAACGGCUCGCCUCAACGUCUCAACAUCCUCUCCCAAGAGAACACCGGAGCAUUCCUCGAGACAGCAAGACCUCGUCUCGGACGUGUGUCUGCUGCCCAUGAGCCCCAUCAUGCGGCGGAAAAAAACGACGCAGCCACCUCCGAAGCGUGCCCCGAACGUCGACGUUAAAUCGUCGACUCUGCCGCAGGACAUAGACGCCAUGACCUUCCGCAGGACAGAGCCAAACGAAGACGACAAGGACUCCCUCGACCGAGACAGCGACGAGGCAGAGGACUCGCCGAACAGAAACGUGCAGGAAUGCGACAAGCCUUUAAAAGUAGCCGCAACGACGAGGACGGAAGAAUGCUCGUUGACGUAUUCGGUCGAAAUUAAGUCUCCGCCAAGAAGACCGCAGAAAGUUCCAGAAGAAGCCGCGCAGCCAGAGGGAACGUACACGCAGCUUCCUCCAUCACCUUGUGAAGGGGACGAUGAUACAGACACGGUAUACUCAGAAGUUUCAGAUGUAAGCGGACUUUCUGGGUUGGAAAGGCAGUUACGUGAAGGAAAAAUAGGCCUGGAGGCACCAGGGGCCUGCUGCAAGCUCGGUGAUGACUUGCUGCAAAUGUUGACGAGUGAAAUCGAGUCCGAUGUGGUGAUUCAAGUCGAAGGCAAACAGUUUGGGGCUCACAGGUGCAUACUAGCUUCCAGAAGUGACUUUUUUCACUCGCUGUUCAAGGAUAGUUCUGAGGAGGACAAAAAAUGUGAAUGUGUCAAUUUAGAAGGGUUCACUCACGCCGCCGUGCAGUUCGCUCUGCAGCACAUCUACGGGGGAGCAUCAGUUCUACCCAAAGACGUGCAUGUUGCCGAAGUAGCUUUACUCGCGGACUUUUUAGCGUUGGGCAGCUUGAAGGCUGUGGUGUUGUCUCACAUUCGUAUGAACUACUGCCACUUCUUUCACAAGCCAUGCAACCAGUGCAUUGUAGGAGUGACAGAGUGCCUGCAGAUGGCACCCUCAUGUGGCCUGCAGGAACUGCAGGGACGAGCAGUUCAGUGGAUAGGGCGGCACUUUGUGCGCGUGUGGCCUCACAGGGCAUUUGCUUCUGCUCCUGAGCAGAUCCAUCAGCUAUGCUAUCGCGCAACACUGCAAGGACUGAAUUCGCAAACAGCUAUUGAAGUGGCCCUCAACUGCGAGCGACUUUCGGUAACAAUGCCCCGUGUGCGCUGGGCAGAGCCCAUCCUGGCGCUUGUGAACCAGCUGCUCCACGAAUGCGUUGCUCUGAUGGCUCGAGAAUUCGAUCAAGUACUGAAGAGCGACGGCUUUCUCGCCCUAGGCAAGGGACAAAGUUGGAAUGUGACGGCACUGGAAGACACUAUUCUCUCAUCCGUGGAACUGUUGACACCUGAUGUGGCAUGUCUCGCUUACAUUCGCAUUGGUGAGAUUUUGCCGGAGGACGGGCCUGAGUGUGAGUGGACACAGAACUUCAUAGACCUUCUUCAUAAAAUCCAGAGGCAGUGCGAACGGUUUCUAAUACACAAUGCAAAUCGAGUGGCACACUGCAAAGGUUGGGCUUCUUUGUCGGCACAGCUGCAAAAGAAAAUCAAGGAUGCGGCUGUCAUUGUCUUUGAGUUUGAGAAGCCAAUAGCACCACCUCCUAGGCUGUCUAGCUUGCGAAGGAAAUCGAGAAGGAAGUCCGAUGCAGACCCACCAGAGAGCCCCACGCCGACGCGGAAACUUCGUUCAUCCAAGAAGGGCUCAUCACCCCGCACGUCAGAGGGUGAAACGACAGACAAGCAGCAAGCAACGGAGGCGUGCGUAGACGGCAGCGCAAGACCCCCAGUGGCGGGCAACGGGACUGACAAGGCACCUGGUGGCCAAGAUGUGAAACGCAUCAAAGAGAAUAAGAUGCAGCAGAGUGGAAUCAUGUCUGAAAGUUUGGAGAGCUACAAGGAGUCAUCGUCGGACUCUGGGCGUGAGCAGUCAGCUGCCGGUCAAAGGGAAAAGAAGAAAAUAUUCGAGAGUGGGAGAGGAAUAAGGAUGGGAGCGCAGGCAAGAAUACGUUCCGUGUCGGCAUCUGCAGGAGGCGAUCUUGGUGCACGUCCCAAGUCGUCUGCCAGCUGUUCUACCCCAUGCUCUUCUGCGCAAGCAGACCCUCCUGCUACCAGUUCUCCAUACCAGCAAAGCUUGCGUCGCAUCCAGCCCAAGAUCGACACGGGCCGUUCCUCGAACCUCCCCCCUCGCCCUCGCAGUGGCCAAGUGGUGCGCGUUCCCCCGUUCACGAUAAAAGCCGACCCCCGCCCUCCGCAGGCACGGCCUCCGCAAGAGACGAACAACAACGCCGCAAACCUCGAAGACUCUUCCAGCACCGGAGGGUCGCCCGAGGAAGAGAGGGCCGGAACCGUGAUAGACUUUGUCGCGGAGAUCGACGCCGAGUCCAAUCUGGUGAGCCACUGCCUCCACGAAGCCGAGCUGCUCGAGCGAGAACUCGCGCGCAAGAUCCGCAAGCAGUACGAGCAGGACUCCACGCCGCUGUACACUCGUCCGGCCGGCGUGGAACGCGUCGGAGGCGGGAGGAGGAGAGCCACGUCCGCGUCGUCUGCUUUGCCGGAACAGCUGAGGAGCCGGGGCGCGGCGGUCAGCCGUAGCUCGUCGGUCAGGGCGGACGGGACGUCCCACGAGAGGGCGUCCACGAGAGUCGUCCGGGGGACGUCGGUGGUGUCGAGGGCGAGCGAAAGAGCCGUCGUGAACGGGAGGUCGGUGUCCGAGAUACGGGCACGCAGGGGCUCGGGUAUUGCGAUUUCAGGCGGCAAGGUAGCCUCCGCCGUACGUAGGUAAAAGUACUUUUGUUAGAAACUGAUAUGUUUGUUUGAAAAUUUCAGGGUUCGUCAGUUAGAUGGUAAUCUUUGAUGAGACCUUAAAGGGACUAUGAAAAACAAUUUUUUUCGCUGACGUCUCGAGACGUUUUCGGCAGAAAGUGUAUAUGGGGUGUUUGGGAAGUUCUGCGGUUCCUUUAGGGUGGAAAUACUUCUAAAAAUUGUCCUCCAUAGUUCGCAUCAAUAUUUUGUGCUGCAACGCUUUGCCUAAUGCCCGAAAAAAAAAAAAAAAGUAAUGAAGUCAUUAUACUUGUUCCUGAAAGUCACGUAGCGGUGUAGUUGAAGUGCGUGCCAUUUUGCUGGCUUAGCGUUUAAAGUGUGGCCUUCCUGUAAUGCUUAGAAACCCUGCCGACCGCGAGAGAUUGCAAUUAUCGAAUGAGUUCUAUCAACGAACAACGAUACUCGCACUAACAAAUGAAAAUCAUGACAUUAGACACAUUAUUUUGCGCACCGUACGGACGUGAAUUGGACACGAACUAUUACAGUGCAAUCCCCCCUGUCCCCUUCCUGAGUGCCCCAAUAUUUUGGGAAAGACUUUUCGUGCAAUCACACAAAUAAGUACUACAUGUUUAUCCAGCACUUAACAAGUUUGAUGUUGUGUAGUCUGGCUUGUGUAGGUACUCGGCAGGCUUACAGGCUUACAAUCACACGGGUCUACACGCUUAUGAUUAGAGCCUGAAGUUUUCGGGAAAUAUGUUUUUCUAAAUUCGGGGUGUAAAAAUCUGGUAAAUAAACAUGCGCUCUAAAUUCAUGCAAAUUUUGUUGGGAAAAACGUUCAGUAUUUUAAAUUCGGGGAGAAAUUGGGCUCAGUUUCUCAAACCAGCCGUACUGGUUUGGUACAAACAGUGUAUUUGCAGUGCAACGAACUGCAUUUCCUGCCAAACAAGUUAGUGUGCAUUGCUAGAGAGGUCUCAUCGAGGGCAAUUUGCCGGGUAAAAAUGGGGUUUCGCCCUAGAGAGGUAACCUUCGAUUCAGUGUGCAAAUUUGGGGUUAAACUCAAAUAGUGUUAAACCCUAAAACAUCAGGCUCUACUUAUGAUGCGUAAGUUUUCAUUGACAGCUUGUAUAGAUGUGCUGCUGUUCACAGAUGAGGAACGUUAGACAUUGCAGUGGAAGGCUAAUGGUAUGCUCUGUUACCUGUAGCAAUACAUUUCAGAGGGCCUUUCGUCAUCAGCCUCGGCUGACAUUUUGGCAUAUGCUAUGCAUUUUAUGUUUGUACAUACCAUAAUCCAUUUAUGCGACCUGAAGCGUAUUGCAUCACGUGAAAAUGGUAUAUUCGCACAAAUUCACAAACUUCAAUUUUUCGUGCGCAAUACAAGGCAGCUUCAUGCACACCAUCCUGUUUACCAUGUUUAGCAUAUGAGGAAUGCUCAUCAUGUUAUGUUACCAUGGAGAAUGCGUGCUAAUGUGUGUAUGGAAUGUAUGUAACUCGAAUCUAUUUAUACGUGUAGACUUCAUGCGCAAUAGCUAGGCGAACAUGAUGACUCGAAGCAGCUGACGCAAUCAGCUGAUGCAAUCUAUGCUCAGAGCGAGCAACUAACUGGGUUUGUAUCCUGUGUGAUACAUAAGAAGAGGCAUGUUUUUCUUUCAGUGGCAGACUGUCUGCUUCUAGCUCAGGAUGCUUCUGUACGCCAUUUUGUGUGAAUGUGCAUUUGUCAGAUGAUUUAAGUUAAAUUCACAUAUAUUCAUGCAUGUAUGUGCAUACUGAUGCAUGAUAGUUCAAAGAUUACGCAUUUCCCUGUGUCUUUUUUUUUUAGAACUGAGGUGAAAGUUUUGAGUGUGUUUCCUGUUAUGAAUGUGAGGACAUUUGCCUGGAAGUAUAUACAUAUAUUUCGGGGAGCAAAAUGACCAGGCAUGAUCUCUGCCAGGCAUGAUCUCUGCUAGAAGAGGCACAUUCCCUGCUGACAUACCGGGCAUAUUUUUCUGUUUGAAAGCAAUGACAAGUGUAGACAUAGAACACAGGAAGUAGUUCACACUGUGAAAUUCCAUGGUAGUGUUAUCAUAGCGUAACAUAAUGCUUCGUGACUGCAUCCUUGGCAUUUAUCUAAAGGUAGUGGGCCUGCAAAAAAAAAACAGGAACAACGGACAAAAUGUUAGCGUGCCAGCAAUGCAUCUUACUUUUUCCUUGAAUCCUAAGAGGGACACUUCCAUCCGAGGCUAUGUACGUUGUCGAAUUGCUACUUAGAUGUGUUUCCUGCUGAAAUGACAUUGGCAAUAUUUGUGUGUUUGUCUCGGAAGUCAUGCAACAAUUUUUUUCAGCAUCUCGCAGCAAAAGUGCAUUAUGUGCCCCUGUUAAAAGCCGUUGGUUGAGAUGCCAUCUCUGUAAUUAUUAGCGGACUGGGAAAAGCUUUUAGCCUGGCAAGGAUCUUCGAGCUUGCGUGCUUAAAUGGUACUGUUGACACUUUGGUGGAGCGCCUUUCUUGAGAAAUUGAGUAACAUUGAAAACUUGAAGCAUUGAAUAACUAGGAAAGUUAACCCUCUGUCUUGUCUCUGCUUUCAGAAGUGCCGUACUGUUCUGGACCAAUUUUUGGCUGUACUAUUUCUGUGUAUUUUAAGUUGUUACGAGCCUUUUGUAGUGACUCAAACGUAGAGGGAGUACACUGCGAGAAAGAGUUUUGUCAUGGCAGGGUUAUAUGCCAGAAGUGCAAUUUUGUUAUUACUGUUGUCAGUUUGGUAAGCAUGUGCAAUGCUUUUGUUCAGGUGAAUGCUGCUGUCAAGUGCCAUUUCCUAAAUGACAUUUCACUUUUAUCGCAUAAUCUGUUUUCCUCUUUGCAAAAGCUAGUCAAUUAUAAGUAGAGCCUGAAGUUUUCGGGAAAUAUUUUUUCCUACAUUCGGGGGGUAAAAAUCGGGUAAAUAAACGUGUGCACUAAAUUCAUGCAAAUUCGGGUGAACAAACUUCCAGUACGCUAAAUUCGGGGAGAAAUCGGGCUCAGUUAUUCAAACUAACUGUAGCGGUUUGGUACAAACAGUGAUGUAACUGCAUUUUUCUGCAAAAACAAGUAAGUAAGUGCAUUCCUACAGACAUCUCAGUGAGGGCAAUUUGCCGGGUAAAAAUCGGGUUUCACCCUAAAGAGGCAGCCUUCAAUUCGGGGUGCAAAUUCGUGGAAGAAUCGGGUAAAACCCUAAAACUUCAGGCUCUAAUUAUAAGCAUAUGAUGCUGGUGAGCCAAGGGUAAUUCUCACCGAUGCUAGUCGGCCUCAAGGUUUUGGGCACUAUGAUACCAAAAAUUUUUCCCAAACAAUUCACCCAAAGAGCUGCCCUAGUUGUACGUUCACUUAUUUACAGCACGCAUGUUUCACAUAAGUAGUCUUUCUCACUGUGAAUGCUUCCCCCUGUAUUUCACAAUAUGACGGGAACAUGAGAUUACCUGUAAAAUGCAUAAAUGUGUUUUUGGCAGCUAGCUAUUCCCGUUUACACUGCUUAUAUAUUUUAUGGUUGAAUCUCAGACGAAUGUACAUUUCUUUUCUUCUUUUUUGCUUUGUCUCAAAAUGUUUGUGCCAUUUUAUACCUAUUAUACUGUGUUUCGUGGGGUUUAUACAACAUUGCAGUUGCAAGGAGGUAUAUUGUGUGACAGAAUGAAUACGGCAUUUGUUUAGAAAUGCAGGAGUGCCAGCUUUAUUUAUUGCUUGUAGGAUGUUCAAUUGAGGCGUGGAAAUGCUAUAUAAACGGCCCGAAAUUUU